CGGCUCGGCAAAUUGAGCGCAGGUUGCUGACACUGUGACGGUAGCGCCUGGCUGCGCCGACACCCUUCCCACCCCUACACUUAAAUACAGCAGUCCGCAUCGGACUUCUACACAACGCGGACUCCGGGCCGUCUUGCAUUGCCGUGGGUUGAGCUAUGCAGACAGGACUGUACGGGGGAGUGUCUAUACAACAUGUCCACCGUGGUGAGAGCGCUGUUAGUGACGGCUCUAGCCUGGGCUGCGUGUGUCGCCGCCGCUAAGAACAUCAGUAAGGAUGUGGUGGUGGAGAGGUGUGGAGAGUUCCAGAUCUCCUCGCUCUGUGAUCCGUACAAGGCUCUGACUGACAGAGAGGUGUCACGAGUACUUGACUCCAUCUCAGUGAUAGAAGAGGCCCUGACGAACACGUAUUCAGCAUGCAAGAACUACGGUGGAGUCCAGAUCGCAGCGGUGGUACUCGACAACCAACCCACCGACUGGGAGAAAGACCUUGGACCGCGGAGAAAGGCGAAAAGACUGGCAAAGGAAAUCGGUGAAAUCAGAUACCCUGAUAACUUGAACUGCGGAUAUGCCGUCAUCUUCUCGUUCGAGGAGCCCGUGGUGGGAGUGUUCAGCUCCAGUGAUUUGGACCAGAGUCCUGAGAUCUGUGAUCACCUCCCCAUCAUGAACAAGAAGCUGAAGAUCAGCCUGAGACUGAAGGAUGCUGGCCGCGGGGACGCCAUCAUCCACUCACUAAAGGAGCUACAGCAGUCCGUCAGUGAUGACUUUUCCGCGCACAAAGACGUCGUUAAAGUUUGCGGGGACCCGGCGGGGCCGGACGUCUGUGACCCCGUAUCCGUCCUGGAGGAAGACAGCACGGAGAGAGUCGAGGAUGCCGUCACAGCCACCCAAAGGGCGUUGUCCGACGACAGUUGCCGGGGUAACAGCGACAAGGGCGGUUUCGCCGUGGUUGUGGUGGUCGUCCCGAACCUGCCGGACAGCAAGUUUCCCGGCAUUCCGCGCGCCAGGGCGAAGAAGCUUGCCAUGGACAUCGCCAGCAGCAGGUUCAGGGACAACCCGGAGUGUGGAGUGGUGACGGUCUUUUCCAUUAACGAGGCCGCCGCUGCGGUCUCGCUCACGAGCGCCAUCCCGGGGAAGACGGUGGAACUGCAGUCGAAGAUGAGCGCUUACCUGGCGGACUUCAGCCUGGAGGAGGCCAUCGUCACGGCACUGGAUGACGUCAGGACCGCGCUCUCUCCCGUUGUUCUGCAGCAGAAACAACAGAAGCCGGUACCCGCAGCCAAGAAGGAAUCCUCCAACAGAGUGGUCAAGCCGCCGGCCCAUCACGUGAAGCGACAUCACUACGUCGCACCUCCCCUGGCCAGUAGAAUGGUGCAUGCGCAGUUCAGCAGUUACAGUGGAUUCAACAACGUCGGUCAUGCUAAGAACGAGGACCCUCCCAUCACGUCCACCGCCAUCCUGCUCCUGCUGUUAGGGGUACUGCUGACCAUAAUAAGCGCAGCCGGUAUUACCUUCUACUGCCACGUGGUCAGAAGAAGACGUUAAGUUCUGUACAUACAACUCUUUAACAUCAUUAUGCACUUCCGAAAAUCAAUUUGAUCACGUUGAUAGAGGGUUAGGAUAUUGGAUUAAUUAUAGUCUCACUUGCUUACGUUUCGCAAAAGCGCCACCUACAUCAGUUACAUAUAGCAACGAGAAGUAACACUCCAGUUUGAAGCUCUCUGAGGAAGAUGUCUGCUUGGCAUCGAAACGCGUAAGCAGGUGAGACUAUAGGUUGUGUAAAAGAAAACUACAAUAUCCAUCAUUAUGCACUGUCCUAACAAGCAGAACUAGACAACAGAGAGCAUAGGUGUCAUCUAAGGUCACAAAGGUAUGUCUUGCAUUCUGCUGCUGCAUUAAUAAAUUAAUGUGAUUUCCCAGUUGGAAAGAAAUCAAAACGUCCUGUUCAGAUAGAUAUCAAUAUACAUUUCAGAAUUCAUGUCUGAAAUCACACAAUGAUAUCUUAAUUUGAAAGGGACCA